AUGUCAACGGUGCUAGGACAGCAGGACAGCAGACAGCUGGAGCUUGGUGCAGGCUACAUUUAUGUGGACUCUGAUGAUAAUGAAGACUGUGUAGAUCUGACAGAAGAGGGCACUUCUAAUACCAAAGAAGAAGAAGAUGUGCUAUGUAUGGAGUCUGAUUGUUCAAGAAGUGAAGUGGACAAAGAUAAAGAAAGUACCAGUGAAGGCUUCCUCUGUCCUACACGACUGAUCUCCCAAAGUCGUUUCUCUUCACUGCCUAACUGGUCUCAGAUCUCCAAUGUCAUCAACAAAGCCCUGCUCCUCCACAAAGACCACCAUCCCAAUGAAGAGUCAAAGAGCAGAACAAAUCGUAAUGCCAUCUGUAUAGAGUCAGACAUGUCCGACGAUGUUCAGGAGGACUAUGAAGAACACUACAAUCAAGAUGCCAUCUGUAUAGAGUCAGACAUGUCCGACGAUGUUCAGGAGGACUAUGAAGAACACUACAAUCAAGAUGCCAUCUGUAUAGAGUCAGAUGAUGACAUGUCCGACGAUGUUCAGGAGGACUAUGAAGAACGCUACAAUCAAGAAGAUGUCAUCUGUGUAGAGUCGGAUGAAGAUAUGUCUACCAAUGUUCAGGAGGUCUGUGAAGAACACUACAACCGAGAGAACCUGUUCAAUUAUGUGAGACAAGGGAUCAGAGAUAUAGAAGGGUUCUGCAUCGCCUGUGGCACUGAACAUAUCAUCGGUGGGCACCCCCUCUUUAUUGGAGGCUUCUGCCAUAAAUGUACGGAGUGGUUCUUGAGUUGGGGUUAUCAGAUGGAUGAUGAAGGUCGCCAGUGUUACUGCAGCAUCUGCUGCUCUGGGAAAGAGAUCCUUGUGUGCAGUAAUCGCUACUGUUGGAGGCGUUUCUGUUUAGAAUGUGUGGAUUUGUUGGAGGGAGAGGGGUCUGCUCAGGCAGCCAGAGAAACAGAUCCCUGGAAGUGUUAUAUGUGCCGAGAGAUGUUGGUGAGUGGUCUACUGCAAAGACGCCAUGAUUGGCCCUCUCGCCUCCAGACUCUACUGACCAACAAGAAUGAUCCGAAAUAUGAUCCUAUAGUUCUAUAUCCACCAAUCCCAGCGGAGAAUCGGAAGGGAAUUCGGGUCCUGUCUCUCUUUGACGGAAUUGCAACAGGUUUGUUGGUAUUGAAGAGCCUGGGCAUUGAGGUAGAGCGCUACAUUGCAUCAGAGGUGGAUGAGGCUGCUAUUACAGUGGGUACAGUGCGACACCCUGGGGAGAUCACCUAUGUGGGGGACAUACAAGAGAUCACGGGCAAACAGAUUGAAGCCUGGGGACCCUUUGACUUGGUACUUGGAGGAAGUCCGUGUAAUGAUCUUUCUGUGGUCAACCCAAAUCGUAAAGGCCUUUAUGGGGGAAGUGGACAGCUGUUUUUUGAUUUUCCUCGUCUGCUGCACAAAGUAAGGCCAAAGCCAGGAGAUGACCGAGCCUUCUUCUGGCUCUUUGAGAAUGUUGUGUCGAUGGACAAGCAGUUCAGCAGAGCCAUUACCCAGCACUUGGAGAUCAAGCCAGUUUCAAUUGAUGCCAGCAAAGUCUCACCUGCACACAGACUACGCUACUAUUGGGGAAACCUGCCGGGUAUGGACAGGCAACUGGUCGCUACGGAAAGAGACAAAUUGACCUUACAGGACUGUCUGGAACCUGGACGAGAAGCAAAUAUGCAGAAGAUUCAUACCAUAACAACAAACCCGUACUCUAUGAGGCAGGGGAAGGAGCACAAGUAUCCGGUCUCCAUGAGCCAGAUGGAAGAUGUCCUGUGGUGUUCAGAGGUGGAAAGGGUGUUUGGCUUUCCUCCACAUUAUACCGACAUUGGCAUGAUGAAGCGUACAUCCCGGAUGAAACUUCUUGGAAGGGCCUGGAGUGUCCCUGUCAUACGUCAUCUCUUUGCCCCCCUUAAGGAGUAUUUUGCCAGUAGAUGAAGAUGACAUGUGACUUCAUGAAACAAGAGUUUUAAGCGUUGAAAAUAACUAAGACUUUUUUAAUACUUUUUUUAAAAUCUUUUUUUGAUGUUUUUGUUUUGAUUGUUUACGUUUUUUUGUAAUGUAGACCUUUCAGCAAACAGUAAAAUUAAACAUAUUUAAGUA